GGCUCAGUUCAUCGCUCACUCCGUCUGUGUAUCGCAUGUGAAAGGCUUCGGGUGCGCGUAACCGGGUGAUCUUGGAGUGAUUAUGUCAGUAGUGGCAGGGGAAGUGCGCGCGACGGGCCAGUGACCCCGGCACCAUGAACGCCCGCACGAUAGCCUUCGAGUUGUCGAUGGAGGGCCGCCAGGUCGACGAGGUGGUCGCUAGCAUCUUCCACACGGUCCUCUUCCACCGCUCGAGCGGCAAAUUCACCUACAACAGCGAGGAGAGCUACUCCAUACGUACGGUCAGCUACGUCGACGUGGACUGCGAUUUCAUUGACUUCACAUACGUGUGCUGCGAAUCGGACGUCCUGGGGCGAAACGUGAAGCGAGAGAUAACUGAGUUCUCGGAACUCCUUCGGGGAGCCGACGCGACGUCGUCUCCACCUAGGGGGUCCAUCAGUCUCGAGUUCUUCCAGAAACGUCGCACCCGAUGGCCUUUCCAGCCCGAAUGCGUGCCGUGGGAGAUCUGGACCGUAUAUUGUGAGCUUACGGAAUCGCGCAGCGAGCACGAGAUGCACAGCCAGCACGAGAGCGUCGUAGAAAUGCUGCAAGAUAAAAUAGUGUUCAUUACGGAGAUAAUUAAUAGACACGAGUACGUGCCUAAGAUGCCGAGUCGCUCGGAUGCUGAUCUCAUCUUCGAUACUACGUAUGCAGAUAUACAGCCGUAUCUUUUCAAAAUUCAUUAUAACUUGUCAGGCGCACCGCCCGUAUCUGUCGGGAACACAGUCCGCAAACUCAUACGUGAUACAUUAUCUUUGUGAUGCAUAUUGUCCUUCUAUUGUCUGUUGUAAUUUUAUGAUGGAACCUACAUUAUAAACAUGACUAACACAAUAAAAUGCUUUGUGGGUUUCGGUAAAUUAAAAUUUAAAAAUAUCUGUGACGAUUACCAAUUUGGAGCCUAUUUCGUAAGGUGACAAUAGCAUAAUUUCACAAAUAUUUGUAGUUUGUCAGUAAAAUUGUCAGUAAUUAUAUGCGACAAUAAAUAAAAAUUUUUUACAUUUUAUGGAUAAUUACGUGGAAUAGCUUUACUAUGGAUUUAACUGAAAAAUAUUUAAUAUAUUUUAUUAUUCAUUACAAUUUGUUACUGUGUGGCACAUGUGUUUGUUUUAUAAUAUUAUUAUGAUUGUCAUAAAAACUUGUGUGAAAGAGAUGAAUGCAAGCAGUGUGUUAUGCAUAUUAAUCAAUAAGACGAUAUAGGACCCUCAAUUGAUAUAUAUGAACUAAGUCCAUCUAGACAGAUGACGUUGACUUCACGGUCAUCAAAUUUUAUUUUACUAUUAUACUACAGACAAUAUUUUAAAAUU